CCCGAGUCACCGAGUCCUGUGUUCUUCCUGCAGGCUGCCGAGAUUUUGAAUCCGUUGAUUGAUUUUGCCGAGCAUCGGGACGGUAAUGUGUAUCUCCCUGGAAACCUUUGCCUCAUGAGCCUUAACCUGACACAUAAUCAGAUUACGGAGACUGGUCUGAAAGCUUUUCUGACAAUGGUUAAAACGCAGACACAUAACGUGAAGCAGAGCCCUGAUGGGAGGACAACGAGUGGACUGUUGAGGCUGUCGAUAACGAGGAAUGCUUUUGCUCUGACGUGUGAAACGUACACACUGCUUCAGGAGCUGAUGUUAACUCGAGAUCCCGUUGCCAAGCAUCAAGUGAUCUGCUCUCCAACGCCACUGCACGAUGAGCAACAGUAACAGAGCUAAUCUUUUCACACUCAGCGCUCCCGCAACAACCAGAAACCCUGCUGAACCCUCAGAGACAGGUCUGUGCUCAGGGAGCAGGCCAAUCACCUCUUGUCAAAGUAGUUCAAUUGUCCCCAAUUCAAUGAAUAUUUUGCUCCCCAAACCUCUGAAUAGAGACACUCAUUCUUGGCCGCCUGAGUCAUCAGGACUAAUUUCAAAAAAUUCAUAUGAUAUUUAAAAAUAAAAUGUCAACUGGUUUCAACAUAA